GGGCACUGGGAAGAGUUUAGCAUAAGGAUUUCUUUUAAAGCCCAAUAUGACAGUUGCUACUGGAGAUCCUGCAGAUGAAGCUGCAGCUCUUCCCGGUCACCCGCAGGACACGUAUAACCCUGAGACCGACCAUGAAUGCUGCGAGAGGGUAGUCAUUAAUAUUUCGGGUCUGCGCUUUGAGACACAGCUCAAGACACUAGCCCAGUUUCCAGAGACCUUACUAGGGGAUCCUAAAAAGAGAAUGAGAUAUUUUGACCCACUCCGGAAUGAGUAUUUCUUUGACCGGAACAGACCAAGCUUUGAUGCGAUUUUGUACUAUUACCAGUCUGGUGGGAGGUUGCGGAGGCCGGUUAAUGUGCCCUUAGAUAUCUUCUCGGAAGAGAUUCGUUUCUAUGAACUGGGGGAAGAAGCGAUGGAGAUGUUUCGGGAGGAUGAAGGCUACAUCAAAGAAGAGGAAAGACCCUUGCCUGAGAACGAGUUUCAGAGACAAGUGUGGUUGCUCUUUGAGUACCCUGAGAGCUCAGGCCCUGCCAGGAUUAUAGCUAUUGUCUCCGUCAUGGUGAUUUUAAUCUCCAUCGUCAGCUUUUGCCUGGAAACUUUGCCCAUUUUUCGGGAUGAGAAUGAAGACAUGCAUGGCAGCGGGCUGAGCCAUCCCCCCUACUCCAACAGCAGCAUGGGGUACCAGCAGUCCACCUCUUUCACAGACCCCUUCUUCAUCGUGGAGACACUUUGCAUCAUCUGGUUCUCCUUCGAGUUCUUGGUGAGGUUUUUCGCCUGCCCCAGCAAGGCUGGUUUUUUUACCAACAUCAUGAACAUUAUAGACAUCGUAGCCAUCAUUCCCUAUUUCAUCACCUUAGGGACGGAGCUGGCCGAGAAGCCGGAGGAUGGUCAGCAAGGCCAGCAAGCCAUGUCCUUGGCCAUCCUUCGAGUCAUCCGCUUGGUGCGGGUCUUCAGGAUCUUCAAACUCUCCCGACACUCCAAGGGGCUGCAGAUCCUGGGGCAGACUCUCAAGGCCAGCAUGCGGGAGCUGGGCCUCUUGAUAUUUUUCCUCUUCAUCGGCGUCAUCCUCUUCUCCAGCGCCGUCUACUUUGCUGAGGCUGACGAGAGUGAGUCCCAGUUCCCGAGCAUCCCCGAUGCCUUCUGGUGGGCCGUGGUUUCCAUGACGACUGUUGGCUACGGAGACAUGGUCCCCACAACCAUCGGGGGGAAAAUAGUGGGUUCCUUAUGUGCCAUCGCUGGCGUGUUAACGAUUGCCUUACCGGUGCCCGUCAUAGUGUCUAACUUCAAUUACUUCUACCACCGGGAGACGGAGGGGGAGGAGCAGGCUCAAUAUUUGCAAGUAACCAGCUGCCCAAAGAUCCCCUCUUCCCCUGACCUAAAGAAAAGCAGAAGUGCCUCUACGAUUAGUAAGUCUGAUUAUAUGGAGAUUCAGGAAGGCGUAAACAAUAGCAAUGAGGAUUUUAGGGAGGAGAACUUGAAGACAGCCAAUUGCACCCUAGCUAACACAAACUAUGUGAAUAUCACCAAAAUGCUAACUGAUGUCUAGUCGCUAAAAUCUAGUAACGUAUUUAAAGCUGAAGUGGAACAAUUGCAGAUAUUGAGUGCUGCUCUGCAUUGUAGUUAAUACAGUAUUUUCUACGGUGUAUAUUUGGUUCUGCAUGGGAAGCAAUAGCUGUGUAAGUGACUUUUAACCUUUGAUUUCCACACCGAAUAAGCGUUCGUGCAAAAAAAAAACCCAACAAACCAUUUUGUUUCCCUUCUCCCAUCCCAGGCUUGUGGGUUUCCAAAGAUACGGAACGGUUGGGCAUUUCGAGCAAUGGGAUGGGGAUGCGGGGGGGCAGCUCCGGGCCAUCCCAGGGUACCACGAACGCCUGUCCCUGUCCCGUGGAGCUGGGUGACAGCCAGCUUCCAGGCGUGGGGAACGGCUGGGAAAGGUCAGGCAGAGCUUAAUGAAGGGAAGAUGCAGUCGUGUGUCCGAAUUGCUUGAAGGCUCGGGUUUCCGCCCUGGGAAUGCCAAGUGCGAACGCAUUGCCCAGGCUCAUGUUUCAUAACUGAAAAUGCUGCAUGCUGCAAUAGUUUCAGCCACUGCAGUAUGC